AUGUUUCCCCAGCUUGGCCAGCUAUUCCGGAGCGCGGCCACCGCGCUGUUGCUGACGUCGUUCGCCGUCCGCGCUGCAGUGCUUGUUGACUUCCAGGUCGCGCAACCGCCGCCACUGCCGCAGGAUGCGAAGCAGUGCACGGUUCAGAUACUGCAGCGCACCUUCGGCUUCUCGUUUGGACUUGCUGAGGUCGUGGAAUUCACCCCGCCUACAGACUGCGGUGCCCCUGGUUCAUGGGCAGGUAUCAGCCUGAACUUCACUGUCACCUCAAACGGUACACAGUUUGAUCGUUUGGGGAUUUUCACUUUCCAGAACGUUGAGAUCUGGCGGACCUCCACGCCUGAACCUACGCGAGGGGACGGCAUCAUCUGGACAUACUUGAAGGAUGUCACCCGCUACACGCCGCUCUUCGCCAAACCUGGCACCUUCAUCCUGCAGCUCGACAACCUGAUCCAAACCGGGUUGGAUGGACAGUACGCAACCACGCUGCACGCGACCUUCUUUGCGUCUUCCGCCCAACACCCGCCUGCGGCGCAGGCAAACGAGAUCAUACCUGUGAGCACUCUGGCCAAUAACACAGGAAACGAUGCUUCUGUUCCGCCUGUCUUCUCGUUGAACGUCACCGUACCGCGUAAUGCCGUGCAAGUCUUUGCUGAGUUGUACGCAUCCGGGAACGGCAACGAAGAGUUCUGGUACUUCAACACGGCUGACCAGUUUGUGUCCGCGCUGCCCGCCGGCUUCACGUUUGGAGGCGGUCCGUUCCGUGAAGUACGACUGCUCGUCGACGGUCAGGUGGCUGGUGUCGCACUUCCGUAUGCGGUGAUUUUCACUGGCGGUAUCGUGCCCACUGCAUGGAGACCCAUCACAUCCUACGGCGCUCUCGACCUCCCGACAUACUUCCUCGACCUGACGCCCUUCGUGCCGAUCCUCACAGACGGAAACCCGCACAACAUCAGCCUCGACGUCGUGUCUGCCGAAGACGACCACGCGAUCAACCAGAACUGGUUCGUCUCCGGCAACCUGCAGGUCGUCACGGACCCGUCGGGGAAGCCGACCACGGGCAAGAUCAUGAAGUAUGAGGCGUCGCCGUUCCCGGUGUCGACGACCACCGGCAGCGUGGGCGCGAACGGAGAUGUGAACGUCACCGUCUCCGCGACGCGCAGCCUCCAUAUCGAGGCGGAGAUCACGAGCGGAAGCGGGAAGACGACGCACGUCGCGUGGUCGCAGACCCACGCAUUCUCUAAUACCCAGCAGUUCUUGAGCGACCUGUCCAUCCAGAACGUGUUCCAGACUGCCACAGGGUCGUUUUUGUCCACCCACAAUGGCGUCCCGGAGCUCGUUGAUACCUUCUCCUUCCCGUUGAACAUCAACAUCACCAACCUUACCCCUGACGGCAGCACUUUCAUUGCUAACUUCGACCACUCAUACGAGCGUACUUCCAACCCGGCGCCUUUCAUCCUGGGGUCUACGAUCCAUGAACGGCAGAUUGCCAGCGGUUUCUUCCACGAGGCAGCGACCGGAAACACCGGUAACGGCACUAACUCGAACACGUUCUCGUACGUCGAUACAGCCGGAAACACAUUCAACAGGCAGGUCAGCGCGGUGGACAACAACAUCACCUCCGACCACCAGGGCGGCACGCUCGCGCCGCACAGCGCGAUCGCAUUCCCCAGCUUCAGCCUCCAGACGCCGCUGGUGGUCACGAAGCCCCGGCUGCCCGGGGCGCGCAAGAUCGGGAACUAA